GCCUAAUAAACUGAAUGCGGUCUAUCUCAUAACUACAACUGGCUAAUCUAAGUCGUGUCGACCAGCAGCCCUUGUGGGCAUGGUACAUAUGGCACCUUCAAUAUCCCGUGGAGGCUCAUCUCCGACACCCACAAUGAGAAUACAAAGACGGCUCUGGAUCGAGUCUGAUUCAUAUUUAAUUCUGACCUUCUGCUACUCUUUAACAGGCGUUAUUGCGACCCCGGGUUAUCCUGGAAACUGUAACAUCACCUCCGCUCAUCGUAUAUCGAGACUUCUGGUCACUCUUGAUAGAGUCGCUCCCCUCCGAGACCUGUACAUUUGAUUCGACAAAGCUGUGGUAACAGUAUAUCUGACUGGCUUUUCCCUGUCGUUGCCGAUACCGAGUCAUACGCGCAACCUACACCGGACUGUUGGGUUCCC